AUGGCCAGCAACGGUUAUGAUCGACAGCAAGGCAGGUAAGUUAUAUUUUGGUCGAUGCAUCAACCACUGUUGCUUUUUAACACAAUUAAACACCUCGAUUUCUGCGAGCUUUCCCAUUUCUGUGAUAUAAUUAGCCAUGAUAACGACUAUUAGUAAGUGUAAGGAGCCUAUUUGUUUUAAUGUACAUCAUUUUGUCCCUGAGUCAGCUGAGACUGUGGUGAUUGCAGAUAAACCUAGCGGCUAAAAUGUCUUCGAGGCAUCGACUUCGUUCCGCACUCAGCGUGGUACCACUACGUAGUACAAAAGUUUGCUUGUUACACAAUAGUGGGACUUGAAUUUGUAACUUUUGGUGCGGCGUUCGGGCACUUUUUUGAACGAGGAAUAUACAAUUGGGUUUCUUUUCAUACUUAGCGGGACGUAUAUUUGCGUAGUGGGCAUGUAUCUACGUCCUUAAAACUCGUCAACUCAGUCACUUCAACGUUACCAAACAUUAGUCUGCAAUGAUCUUUUUUUGAGGGUUUUAAACAUGAAUAUUUUUAGUUAAAGAAUUUUCUGAAGCUCUGUUUUAUUUCACACUGUUACCACUUUUCUCCAUCCCGGGUGUACAUUCCAGCGCAAGUGAACACUCAUAUUUGACGCUUUGUUCAUGUCACUUUCAAUGAUUUCUUGAUUUCGUUGGGAUCUAUUAAAUGGAACAGGACCUCCAUCUCAUGAUGCAUCUCCUAUCAACACAAUUGCUAGACAUAAUUACACUAUUUUAAAAAAACUGUAAACUCACUUCUUGCACAAGACUAAAAACGGUAUGUCAUUAGUUAGAAAUUAUUGAAUGAGGCUGAGUAGGAUAUGAAGAAUUCUGCAGAUCAAGGAUAGUGGAUAACACCCUCCGAGAUCUGCAGAAUUGUUCAUAUCCUACAAAAGCCGAAUUCAAUAAUUGUUUAACUAUUCCUUCAAAAAAAUUCCAAGUUUAAAAACAAGCUAAAAAAUGCUAACCUAGGUCGAUGUAAGUUCAUAUCGAAAAUGCAUCUUUAUAGCGAAGUUUAGUAGAUAAAGACCUGUUCAGGUCUACAAAUAUACUUCAAAUAGCAGAUGUCGUCCGUCUUCAUGUUGUUCUUACCAUGUUUAUAGACAAUAUUUCGCCGCGAAACGAGUAAAAUGUUCUGCCAACUGUUCAGCCAUUUUGUUCACACUACGUAAACAACUGAACCUCGUCCCCGGGUUUUCUCGGUUAACGGUUCAACAACCAGCAACCAGGCUGCACUUUUGACGUUAUUUUGACGUCAUCGGUUCAAUACGACAAAAUUCUUGCCAAAUUUGGUCAACAGUAGCUGGUUAUGGUGAAUUAUGCGUGUGGUUUUAGCCAAUCAGAAACGGGGAAAUAUUUUAAAUGAAUAAUAAUGUAGUUUAUGGGGCUUAAGAAGUGAGAGGAUGUACUUUUAUCACAUUUAUAAUAAGAAGCAGUUAUAAAUAAAACGAUGUGCUGGAUAAUAGUUCUUUCAGCAGGUAAUUAAAAAAGUAAACGAUCCCCUAUAUUAGAGAGCCACAUCAAUACUUAAAGCACUAAGAAUACGUAAGAGAAUUGUAAAUUUGCUGAACAAAAAAAUCUUCAGAUAAAAUCCGUCUUUUGAAAAAGACAUUUGUAUUCUGGCUUUUCAGCUUACCUUACACUGAUUUCAUGGACAAAAGUCAGAAGAGUGAGUUUGUUAAAGUCGCAAGAGAUUUGAAGGGGUACGUCAUUGGAAGGGGUCGCCGUGUGAUAAACGAAAUCAUGGAUAAGUCGGGAGCAACAGUUAGUACACAGAGCAAGGAGGAGGAAGGGUUUACAAUCAGUGGUAAUCAAGAGCAAAGAGAAUGUGCCAAAAAGCUCAUCUUACAAAAAGUGGUAAGUAGGUACAGAAAAAUGUGAAAAUUCUUGAACGAAAGACGGUGGCGAAACUCACCCCCGCUUUGUCUACUUUUAUAUAGUGAUUACUCUUGUCGGAAAUACCAAUGUGCUGUUGACCAAAUUUAUUGCAGAGAUACGAUUUCCAACGUAAUUUUGAAAAUCAACACUGGUCACAACAUGAUAUGGCCGCCAUGCAUGUCUGUUUGUUUAUUAAAAAUUAUCAUGAAUAAAUGACACUUGAAAUGCAUGUUGUCUGUGAAAUAAACUGACUCAAAUGCUAACAUUCCUUAACAAAGAGCUCUGUAUUCUCUUCAGGUGGCCUCAUUUGACCUGGUAGUUGGCGGGAUCUCACCUUGCUUAGGCAGGAAAAUUUAAAUAAGAAAGUUUUCUUCUGCCGUUACGUUGUUGUUAUUGUUGUAUUUUCUUACUGUAGAUGAUCUGUCAAGAAUUGGAAAGAAAUCGAAAGAAAAAUAUCUUUCUAACAAUGGUUUGAAACGGCGGGCAGAGUUUACCAUCCACCUAAGCUGCAGGCGAAGCUGACGAAACGGCUGCCAGCCCUCUGCUUGUUUAGAUGGUGUUCUUGCUCAGAGCAUGCAUGCGUAUGCGUGCAUCCGCUGAACGACAAAUGUUUGAGCGCAUCAAAUCUGAUGGCGGGAAAUUAAAAACUCCGCAAAAUUACAGUCCUUUUGAAAGCCAUUUCGUUGUUAAAUACUAUACUUUCCCACUAAAAACGUUCUCCAUGACAAAAGUCGCACGUUAACUACGCAGGUUUUCAGUUGUAGGUUUUUCAGCGGUAGAUUUUCUUGACUUUUAAAGGCUGUGAGACUCAACACCAAAAGUUACUGUUCCUGAUUUUUUUCCAAAGCAACGAAUUUCUUUGGCUUGAUUUCCAACACACGGUUUUACUUAUGAAAGAAGAAAUGCAUCGCAGCAAUGGUCAGCUGCUUUAAAAUAGCGUAAAAUGGUUUUAUACGCUAGGUUUAUUUAUUAACAUGUUGUUUAAACUGAUCGCGGAGGGUACGCGUUAAUGUAUGCCACAAACACACGAAAUCAAUGUUUUUAUAGUUUCGUGGAAAAAUAUGAAAAAAUAUCAUUUUACAGAAAAUGAAGAGUGCAUUCAGUCUUAAGACAGCAACAAUUGAUCAUAUACUACGUACUGGAGCAUUUCAUAAGCUCACUCUGAGCAGAUAAUACAAAUGCAUCCUAAAUAACGACAAUACGACUACUUUAAAAGAUUCUAAAAGAUUCAGAGAAUUGCCCUAAGGUUGGACCCGUGUAUCCUAAAUUUUUAUUAUAAGAGCUACGUUAUCAAUGCCUCACCGUUUUCAAAGUUAACUAUCAAAAAGUGUAGGGAAAAUGUAGUAGUUUCAAAUACUUUUCAGCUUCUGUUAAAUGAAUCGGGGAAACUACCAGCGACAACAACCUUACCGAGGAGUGUACGAAGACAGCAAUGAAACCGAAUAUGUUUGACAAAAAUUGAGUGCUGACCUCUUUCGUAAUUGUUGCAAUCCAUUUAAACUGAUAAUAUCACUGGCUCAAUACGGAUGGUGUUAGGUAUCAAAAAUUGAUUUAAUACAUCUAAAUGAGUGGAACUCUUCAAGUUUGUUGACAUGCGUUGAAAUACAGUAUGUUAUGGUUAUUUUGAGGAGCAAGGGAUGGCGCAGUGGUGAGAGCACUCACCUCCCACCAUUGUGGCCCGGGUUCAAAUCCCAGUGUCGAAGCCAUAUGUGGGUUGAGUUUGUUGUUGGUUCUCUCCUUUCCUCCAAGGAGUUUUUCUCCGGGUACUCCAGUUUUCCUCCCUUCUCAAAAACCAACAUUUCCAAAUUCCAAUUCGACCAGGAAUCAAGUAGACGAAGAACCACUUCGUGCAUGUGCUACCUCUAAAUUAUUAUUAUUUAUUUAUUUUACAGUGUUGUCCAUUUUCUCAACGGCGUUUUUCAGAAAACGUGAAGUGAGUGGGUGGUUAACAAAGUGCAUCACAAGUAUUAAAUAAAGCAAAAAGCCUUCUCUUCCACUUUUCCCCCUCCCAAAAAAGCUCAUUAACUUCAGUGAAGAUAUGGGGCCUGCACCCGCGUUUCUUUUUGCAAAAACGACACUGAAGUGUACUUACAAAAUCGCAAGUUAGUGUAGCCACUUAGGUGUUCUUUGUAAGUGGACCACUCGUAGAUAGCCAACGAGGCCCUAGCCGAUUUGGCCAUAAUCAAUCAUAUUCAACAAGCGUGAGGUAUAACUGUUUUGUUACUGAAAAACCGACGUCCAGAAAACAUCAAUAAAUCUUCCCGACUUUUCCAAGGCCAACCGGAAGAGACAAGGGGCUUCCGGUUCUCAUUUGUCACACAUCUAUCAAAACUGUCACAUUUGGUCAACGAGAACACAGUGAAAAGAAAAAAUUACGGUGAACACCUAACAACUCAUCAGGAUUCUCGCUCUGUACUCUGCUUGACAGAGAAAAAAAAUCGCAGAUAAUGUUAACAAAGAUAAUUUUUCAAUGCAACCAUCGAAAUUAUUGUGAAUUUGGAUAUCUGGUGUAGUAAUUGAAGGAAGCUAUUCACGCGGUCGCCAUGCAGAGAGCUCGUGCAAAGCUUGUCAUGAAGUUGUUUGAAGCUUUGCCGUUUGAGAACAGAAUCUAUAGAUGCCGGAUUUGUGUAGUGGAUGGGUUCAUAGCCUUCACUUGCAGCUACUUCCAGCAGUAAAUAACCGUCCAAAAUGCAAAGAUUCAGUUGUCACCUAUGGGAGGUAGUCGCUUCCGAGAGGCGAACCAUAGGGGGUCUCCUCCGAGAAGGGCUUUAAACACAGACGUUGUGGAAGAAUUAAUUGCAGGAAAUUUCUAAGGUACAAUAUGUGUAGUUCGAUCUUGUCACUAAAAGUUUAUCGUAUACUCUGAUUAGUGUUGCACAUACAGCGAACAUAGACUUAAACCAUGCGUCAAGUGGUCGCUUACAAGAGGUUAAGAACAAAGAAAAAUUCUAAAACCGUCAUCCUAAAAAGUGGUUGCGGUUACGAGAGGUUCCAACUGUAGUGAUUUAACUGGAAAAAUGUUGUUGUUUUUUUGUGGCUAAAUUUAUGUUAGGUAAGGUUCCACUUGAGCCGAUGCAACCAGCGGCUUUACUCUUUCAAGCACGUGUUCUACGGGGAUGCCGGCGGCCCCUUUAAAUUGCAGUGCUUUUACGUAUUACUUUAGUUUUGCUUGAGGCACCUAUCCUAAGCUCAUCUAUUGGCGAGGAGUUAAAGGUAAGUUGUCGCUUAUAGGGAGGUGCUUUCUUACGAGAGGUGGUCCCACAUGGAGGUUCGACUGUUGUCGGUUGUGGUGUAUAUUCUGUUUGUCGGAUGAACAGGGCGGAGAUAUACUUCGGCGAGUGGCUUCGUGAUCGCCAAGAAAUUUACCAAACACGCUUGACUUCUUUCGUAGCCGGUCGAGAUGUUUUUCAUGUAUUUUCAAAAAAUCAUCAUGUCAUACUGUUUAUACUUUUGGGUCUUUUGUUGUAUUUUCCGACGAAAUUGCAUUUCGAGCAGUCUAAGAAUUUUCUCCGGUCGCCAUUUCUUCCCUCUGAGAAAAAGAACUUCAGCAUGCUUCUAAUCUUGAACUGACGCGUAAACUUAACAUAUUUAUAGAGCAUGGUAUAAUGGCUCAUAUGCUGUGAUGGCUAAGCCAAUCAAACUCAAGAACUGCAUUAUCCGAUGAUUCAGUUUUUUAUACCCCGUGAUCGCUUAGCCAAUCAAAACUCUUUAAUUGCAUAAACCAAUGAUCCAUUUUUUAAAGAUAUAAUGAAAGGACCUGUCACGUCGUCUAAUGUGCAGGUCACCUUGGCCGCCAGCUCUGAUUUGUUAAAACACUGGCACCCGUAGACAACAACAACAAAACCUGGCUCGGGUAAACCUCCGUAAGUCAUCAAAUUACAAAUGGUUAGGGAUACGGUUAUAGCGGUUGAUCUGAUCCAGGUUUUGUCGACGCCGGGCAGAAUGGUAAUUUACUUUUUAUUUACUGGUAAGGAGCAAAGGAGAAAGAGUGAAUUUGUUGAGGUGCCAAGAAACUUGAAGAGGUACGUGAUUGGAACUGGUGGCGUUGUGAUAAAAGAAAUCAGUCAAAAGUCUGGAGCAAGAGUUUCCCAGACCAUGGAGGAGGAAGGGUUUACAAUCAGUGGUAACCAAGAGCAACGAGCAUGCGCCAGGCGGCUCAUCUUAGAAAAAGUGGUAAGUUAAUAAAUUACAAAUGUGAAACAACUUUUGGAAUGAAGACUGUGAACUGCAGAAAUACAAAUUUAAAUGAAGAUAUGAUCGUCGCAGUGGUAAUUGUAAUUUAAGCAAUUGCAAAUUAACCCGAAAAAAAUUUCGGGACUUUCACGGGAUUCAAACCCAUGGCCUGCAGUGCUCUACCAACUGAUUUAUGAAGACCAUUACAUUGGGAGGAGGCCAAUUUGUUGAGUCAUCUUAACCCAUGAAUUGUGACCAUCAAUUUCACAGCUACGCAACCGUUGAAAUGUAGGAAGUUUUGGAAGGUGUGGAUAUUGAAAAAGAAAAAAAACGAACAAACAAAAGCAAAAAACAAAAUAUGGGAAGGUUGGCCUUGAAUGUACAAGAAGUGACUUAAUUAUUGGUUGAAAUAUACUUACAGUAACUUAAACUUACUGUCGGUGCCAAAUUUGUGUUUCUUACAGUUUCAAUAUCCUCAUCUCCAUAACGACAGUAUCUUCGAUUUUUUUCCCUACAUGUUCGCCCUGCGUGUAAGGCCCUGCAUGUUUCCACUUCCCUGCAGUAUUCCAUGUAAGGUAAUGGCGCUGUUUGUGUUGUUUCCUUGACGAAAAUAUGCGACCAAGUGAAUUUUAAUUUCGAUUUGAGUGUGGCAGUGAAAAUAAUGGUAAUUGUCACAGGCUUGCACCCAGCAAAACAAUUGUUCGCCUUCCCGGCAAGGACACAAGGAAGCUAUAUUCUUAAAAACGUGAUCAAAUAGACCUACAAAGUAAGAGUUGUUGAUUAGGUUAACGUAUUUUGUUAAACAUUAAGAAAUGCUUCAAUGGGUAAUGGCAAGGGAUCCCUUGCCAUUACCCAUUGAUUCACUGAGUGUUAGCGGGCAGAAAGCAGAGUAGACCUGGGCGCAACACCUUAGCCGCCUUCAAAAUACUGACACUGGUAUGACUAUUAGCUAAUAGAGGUCUAUUUUUUUUAUCUCAACUAUUACUGUUGUUUUAGGUGAACGUUUUGUUUCUGUUGUUUUACUGCUCAGACGUUCCGCCAUAUUUAUUAAAACGCUUUUUAAGGGUAAAUGACAACUGAAAGUACUGUCACGCAUGUAGCAACCGCUUUUGUUUCACCAAUUAUUGUAGCAUCUAGUAUGCAUUACCGAGUAGACCUUAAAUCUUCCUGUCGCAUUUAUAUUCUCAGUAAAGAAAUGCACUUUUUUACAGCAAGCUGUUCAGGAAAGAAACUUGAAAGCUGAGGAAGUUUCGUCUAGUGAGCUUGUGGAAAUUCCAGAACAAUACAAAGGUUUGGUUUUUGGCAUAAAGAGAAAAAACCUCAAAGAUAUCAGCACUCAUACUGGAGCAAAACUGGUUGGUAACGACAACGGAGUGUUCAUUGUCAGAGGAACACCAGAACAAAGAGUACAAGCUAAAGUGCAAAUCAAAGGAAAAAUU